GCACCAUGAGCAGCGGCGCCGCCGAGCGGGAGGGCCCCGCCGAGCCGGGCCUGCCCGAGGAGGAGGUGAGAACCCUGUUUGUCAGCGGCCUGCCCCUGGACAUCAAGCCCCGGGAGCUCUACCUGCUCUUCAGGCCUUUCAAGGGCUACGAGGGGUCGCUUAUCAAGCUCACCUCCAAGCAGCCCGUGGGGUUCGUGAGCUUUGACAGCCGCUCAGAGGCUGAGGCCGCCAAGAAUGCACUGAACGGCAUCCGCUUUGACCCUGAGAUCCCCCAGACGCUGCGGCUGGAGUUUGCCAAGGCCAACACCAAGAUGGCCAAGAGCAAGCUGGUGGGCACUCCCAACCCCAGCGCGCCCCUCCCCAACACCGUACCUCAGUUCAUCGCCAGGGAGCCCUGUGAGUGCUUGCAUCCUGACCCCGGUCCUGCCAAUGAGCUCACAGUGCCUGCACUUUACCCCGGCAGCCCUGAAGUGUGGGGGCCGUACCCUCUGUACCCAGCGGAGCUGGCGCCUGCUCUACCUCCUCCUGCGUUCACAUACCCUGCUUCGCUGCAUGCCCAGAUGCGCUGGCUCCCUCCCUCCGAGGCUGGGUCUCAGGGCUGGAAAUCCCGUCAGUUCUGCUGAAUACUGUGUCUCGGGUGUGUGAUGGCGGCCGACGGUCAGUCUUGUGGGUAUGAACAGAGCCCCCCGGCGGCUGCUGGGCACGCACGCUCUCCACAGAACCACAGUGUGCUGGCUAGGAAGAAACCUCACACAAGUCUGGAUUCCUCCAAGACUUUCCCACAGCCUCUAUCACACAUCUGUUCUCCUAGAAGAAAGUGAGAAGCAUACCCAAUAUAUUUCCCUCUUUUACACUGUAUAUUUGUAAGAAAGAGCGUGUUACUGAUGAAAGCAUGGUUUGACAGGCACUGCUGUAGCGUUUGAAAAGUAUUUUCAAACACCCCUAGGAAAGCAGACUGCAAAAAAAAAAAAAAAGCAAAGAGCAAGUAUUUUUGUACCAAACUUCUAAACAGGACAAUCUCACACUGGGCUGGAUGACAGUUUUUGUGCUCAACCUCCAGCAGCACGCCCUUAGCAGCCUGCCCCCCCAUCCACGGGCCACACACCAAAGGCCACAACACAUGCUGCCUCAGCACAGUUUGUGGUGUUCACAGUGCUCCGGUGACAGCAUUGCCACUGCACCCCAACGCUCUGCCAGCAUUGGGGUUCCCUUCCUGUCUGCAGCACGUGGCGCCAGCCAUGACAGGCAGAUUUCUUACCUUGGCACGAUGCUAACGGCUUGCUGCACAGCUCCGGCAAGGUGUGAUGCUCGCUUCAGGGAUGGGCAGAGACAGUCCACACAUGUAGCAAGGUGAGAAUUCGCCUUCUCAUUCCAUGGCUUCUCCAAGAUGUUAAGGGCAAUGCAGACUGAUGCGCAAGGAGCUGGACUUUCUGAUCCCCGCCAACUCCGGGCCGUGGGACUGGGAUACGCACCCAUGGCUGCAGGGCUCUACUGCAGCUUCAGCACCUGGUGAUGCCAGUCUGGCUGCAGAGCAUGUCUAUGUGGAGCAGAGCCCAAGGGAGGCUGCUGGUAGCACAGGGUGGGAUGGAUCCAGCACAGGGACUGCAUGCUGGCAUCCUCUUUGCACCAGGAGAAACUGGCGUGAGGAAGAGUAAAGCAAAGCAAAAAAAACAAAAAAAAAUCAACCCAUUUGUUUCUUCACAAAGGAGGUGCCAACCCCAUCUCCAUUAACUGCCUGAGCAGAACUCCCAGCCUCUCUCCCUCCUCCAUUUUCUGCUUUGGCCACAAGCAGCAGGGAACAAGGCUGCCAGAGCUGUCCAGGUGAGGGCAAGAAGGGGGUGCCACAGAGCCACCAGCAUGCAGCAGGUUGGGCAGCAGUGCCUCAAGCAAGGUAGCUCUGCAGGGACAGCACAGCGCUCCCAGCAAAGGACUAUUGUAGCAAACCGUUUCCUGUGUUUUGUUCUGGUUUUGUGGAGAGGAAAGGAGCUUCCAUGUUGUCUUCUCCGCUUUUGGAAAUAUGUUUAAAGGUACUUUUCUAUUGUAAUUUUUUAAAAAUAAAGCCAGUGAUUAUUGUAAGUUAA